GUUUUGACCAUGGUCCUUGUCAAGGCUCGGCCCUGCUUUGCCGAAGUGGAGAACAGAGUCCGCAACCUCAGCGAGGGGUUCAUCCAUGGAGACUCCAGCAACUCAUGAUACUUCAAGUACAGUUUCUCCUCGAACACCGUACGCUCUGGAUCCUUGCGUUCCAUCAUCAAUUGGAUACACGUAUCGCCUCAAAGCACCGAUUACGUUCCAAUAUUCACACCUAUCUUCUGAUCUAUCCUUACACCCGGAUCUACUCUACGUGCAUCACCAGACCGGAUUGUUGGGUACAACCUUAACGGACGCGUUACAUCAGAUGGCACGAAAACCCCUCUAUCUGGGAAUACUCACUGGCAGCGAGCCAUUGAAGUUUAUGAAGCAGACGGUGCCAGUUCAGGCUCCACACCUCUGAAAUGGCGGGAACGAAAGUUGGACGACGGCCGUGGUCUUUGGGAGACACAUAUGAUUUCAUUGCGACCUAUAUCCACAAACCUGAUGUCCGACCCAUCUACCCUUCAGCAUCAUCUGGAUCUAAACGUCAGUAUACGACUGCAAAUGGCCGGACUGCACACAUGAACCGAAUCAGCGCACAUAGACCUCAUAUACCAGUAUAUAGAACUAGACAUAACCAUUCUACACUGCGAAGAGCACCAGGAACGCGCUACUUCCACGAUUAUUUUGUCACGAAUCUCCCAUCCUCUUCUCUUCACCCAGACUCAAAGUCCUCUACUGGACCACACCACAAGUUGCCCCGAGCAGCUUCAACACCACAUACACCGGGCAAUGGGCCAUCUCCGGCCGCAGCACCGCCUAUGGUGGGCAUUUCCCGAGAGAUGACGGUGGUGCGGAUCCCGCUGCGCAGUGCAAAGCAUCACUUCGGCGUCUCAGUGUCCCGGGGAACCCGACCAUACAACGAGGACACAUACCAAGCUGGUACAUUGGAGAUACCCGCUUUUGCAAAAAGAGCGCCCAUUAGUCUGAGCAGGGCAGGGAAGACCGCAAGUGCCACAUCUGCGGACAGUGCUAGUGGUGACCCUCAAGUAUUUUACUUCGGCGUCUUUGAUGGGCAUGGCGGGAAUGUUUGUAGUGAUUUCUUGAGAGAGGAACUGCACGGAUAUCUGGAGAGGACAGCGAAUACUUUCGAGCUAGCUUCUAGUUUGAAGACGGGAAAGAAGAAAGAAAGGGAUGUGGGAGGGCCCAGUGCUGAGAAAGCAGGGGAUAGUGAGCUGGCUUCAAAGGGAAGAGAGAGUUUACAAAAAGUACAGACGAAGAGCGGAAAGGAUGUUGAGCAAGAAUCGAACAUUCCAACGAGAGAUAAGAAUGGGAAGAUUGAGCAGCCGCCAGCCAGCCCUGCUAUUGAGAGCGAGAAACCGGUCUCGAUUGAGUCGAACAAGCCUAAAGCGAUAGACCUGGAGCGAUCACUGGUUGCACAAUGGAAGGAGACUGUGGGUGGAUAUUUCAGACGUUUCAGGCCGGAAUACUUCAACCUUCAGUCCUCGUCUGGUGAAGAACCAGCAGUUGAGACACCUGUGUCAAUCGAGACAGUCCUCAUAUAUGCCUUCCUCAAAGCAGACUUGGACUUCGUUACAGCACAAGCUCAGAAGCCAGACCCAGAGAACAACCACAGCGACAAGCCCCUAAACGCAGACGACAUUCUCGGCCGACCAGCCCAUCUCUCCUCACAGCACCGCCUUGGUGGACCAACCCGCUUCGUCGGCGGCUCGACAGCAUCCAUAGUCCUCAUCUCUACCCCGACACCCACUCCAUUUUGGCACCCUGCCUCCCCAUCAACCAUCGUCGUCGCCCACGUAGGAGACACACGCAUUCUCCUCUGCAACACGGCCACCGGCCUCGCUAUUCCCCUCACCACAAACCACCAUCCCAGCUCUCCAGUUGAAGGUGCACGUCUACGUCGCUACGCCGCAACAUUCGUCACAGACUCCUUCGGCGAGGAGCGCAUGUCCGGACUAGCAAACACGCGUGCAUUCGGCGACAUGCGCUCUAAACGCAUCGGCGUGUCGGCCGAGCCUGAAGUCCGACGUGUGGAACUCGCGCCCGCCGAAUACAGUUUCCUUGUUCUGGUCAGUGAUGGUGUUAGUGGGACGUUGACCGAUCAGGAGAUCGUGGAUGUGGUCAAGGAAGCGAAGACGCCGGAGCAGGGGGCGAGGGAUGUGGUGGGGUUUGCGACAGAGGUCAGCAGGGAGGGGGAUAAUGCUACUUGUCUUGUUGUUAGACUGGGGGGUUGGGAGAGGAGGAUUGAAGGCGGGAUGGGGAGUAUGGGGACUAAGGAGGUGCGGGAUUUUAGGAAGGGCGAUGCGUUGGAUCCGAGGAGGGGGAGGACGUGAGGUGGAAGUUUGGGGUGAGAUGGGGAGGGAAGAGCAGGGGUUGAGUUAACGUAGAUAUUUGCGUUAGGUAUUAUUUACUUGCUUGCAUAGUUGCAUAAGCGAGCGAGUGCAUUUAGUUGCUGUACAUACGAUGUAUAUCAAAAUAUUUCCUGGG